UUUUCUCUAUCACUUACAUAAAAAGAAAUCUAGAAUGCAUCCAAAUUAUGGUUAGUUUGUUAAUUGAUUGGUGAUUGUGUAGAUAUGGUUCAAGGAUUUUUAUAAGUAAUGCCUUCUCUCUACUACUGAAUUUGGAAUAAAAGGAAAGCUCAUAAAUAUCCGAAUCUACAUAAAAUUAAAAUAAUUAAUAAAGUAUGUAUAUUAAGGUAUAUUAAAAUUAUAAAAACCUCGUCUAUGAGGGGGAGGGCCUCUGAUUUAUAUAUAUUAAGGUCAGUGGGAGGGGACGCUAUUCUUCUUCUUCUUCUAAUUCUCUCUUUCACUUUCCUUUGAGUUGUUUAGACCUAAAACAAAAACUCUCUUCUUCUUCUCACUACCAUCUCUCUCUAUUGGAGAAUUUUCUGUUGAAUUUCGCUUUCCUUUUUCAUUGCAUGUAUGGAUCCUUCCAGAGGACUACACCAGGAGAUGGGGAACCCUUUGUCGGAAAACAUGGUGGUUAACUCAAAAGGACAGCAGCAGCAGGAAAGAAAAGCAAGGCCUCAACCAGAAGAAGCGCUUAAGUGCCCAAGAUGUGAAUCCACCAACACCAAGUUCUGCUAUUACAACAACUACAGCCUUUCUCAGCCAAGGUAUUUCUGCAAGUCAUGCAGGAGGUAUUGGACUAAAGGCGGCAAUCUCAGGAAUGUUCCCGUGGGCGGCGGCUGUAGGAAGAACAAGAGAUCAUCUUCAAAGAGGACCCAAGACCACGCUUUCACGCCCAGUGCCAACCCACUCAUCACUCCCCACCACCACCCCAUCCCACCUUUGACUUAUGACAUCGACACCAAUGACCUCACCUUGGCCUUUGCUACCGUCCAGAAACAAUCACCUAGUGGGCAGCAGUUAGGGUUUGAUGAUCAUGAUGGCGACCUUUCUAUUUUUGGAAACCCUAGCUUUAAUGGUAAUGCACUCACAAGCAGCUUUCUCGGGAACCACAGCAAUUUUCAGAGUUAUUGCUAUGACAACAUUGGGAUGGGAGGUGCAACCACGGGUCUCAAUGGGGAAACCAUGCUGCCUUACAAUAAUCAAGAAAUGAUUGAUUCAACCAUGGCAAUGGGACAAGACAGUGAGAAUAGAGUGUUAUGGGGUUUGCCUUGGCAACUCAUUGCAGCAGAUAAUAACAUGGUGGGCUUGGGUGAUCUUGAUUUAGUAAGAGAUAACUGGAAUGGACUUCUUAAUACCCCCCUAAUGUAAAAAAAAAAAAAAAAAAACAUGACAAUGAUGCUGU